UUCUCUCGCUCCUCUCUCUUACAGUCUCUCCGCUCUCUCACUGCUGGUGGAUCUACUCGAAGAAACGAAGUCCCAAGAGCCAUGGAUUUUAUAGGCCCAAUUUUGGACAUUGCAUCCCGCUUGUGGGAUGGCAUGUCGAAGUGUAGGGCCAACAUUUUUCAUUUGGAAGAAAAUCUCAACUCCUUGAGAAAUGACAUGAGUGAACUGAAGAGAGCUUAUGAAGAUGUAAAGAUUCAGGUGCAAGUUGCAGAGGAGCAACAGAUGAGGCGUACUCGAGCAAUCGAUGGCUGGCUUUCUGAAGUAGAAGCGCUGGAAAAGGAAGUCAAUGGAAUUCUUGACGAGGGUAAUGAAGAAAUCCAGAAGAAAUGUUUGGGAGGAUGUUGCCCCAUAAAUUGUAGAUCGAGUUACAAGCUUGGAAAGAGAGUAAGUGCAAAGCUACACUCUGUCGUUGAGUUAAAAAAGAAAGGACCAGUUAUUGAUGUUGUGGCUAACAGACUGCCUCGAAGUCCAGUGGAUGACCAACCCAUGGAGCAGGCUGUUGGUCUAGAUUCAGUAUUUGAUAGGGUUUGCGAACUCCUUAAUGAAGAGAAAGUAAGAAUUAUUGGGAUUUACGGAAUGGGGGGUGUCGGGAAGACGACCCUCACGAAGAAAGUUAAUAACGAAUUCCUCAAGGCGAGAUGUGAGGAGUUUGGCACAGCGGUUUGGGCUGUGGUAUCAAAACCGCUAGACGUGGAAAAAAUUCAACAAGCAAUUCUUAAUAAAUUUCAAGUCCCAGAGGAAGAGUGGAGAACUAAAAGCAUAAAUGAGAAAGCUACAAAAAUAUGCAAGAUCUUGCAAACAAAGAAGUACGUGUUGUUGUUGGAUGAUAUCUGGGAGCCACUUGAUCUCUUGAAUAUUGGGGUCCCUCCUGAUGACAAAAAUAAGUCCAAGGUGAUAUUUACGACUAGAUCAGAGGAGCUGUGUAGCCAAAUGGGCGCUGACCGGAAGAUUGAAGUGCAGUGUUUGCAGAGGGGAAAAGCAAUGGAUUUAUUUAAGUCAAAGGUGGGCGAGGAGACCCUGAGCGCUCAUCCAGAUAUUGAGAGGCUUGCAGAACGUGUUGGUGACGAAUGCAAGGGUUUGCCUCUUGCUCUCAUCACCAUUGGGAGAGCAAUGCUCGGUAAGAAGAAACCGGAGGACUGGGAGAAGGCAAUAAAAACGUUGAGGAAAUUUCCAUCGAAGUUUUCAGGUAUGGGGAGUCGUGUGUAUCCUGUAUUGAAAUUUAGUUAUGAUAGCUUGGAAGAUGAAACCAUAAAACUUUGUUUUAUUUAUUGUUCUAUAUUCCCGGAGGACCAUGAUAUUUCUACAGACGAUCUUAUCAAACUUUGGAUUGGGGAAGGGUAUUUUGACGAGAUUGAGGAGGGUGAAGAAAUCAUAAAAAGUCUAAAGUCUGCAUGUUUAUUAAUGGGGAGUGUUGGAGUGUGGGAUUUGAAAGAACAUGUGAGGAUGCAUGACGUUCUUCGCGACAUGGCUUUGUGGUUGGGUUGUGAAUGCGGGUUGAAGAAAAACAAAAUUUUGGUACAAGAAGAAGAUGUUACAAAAUGGGAGGAGGCAGAGAAGGUGCACCUUCAAUUAAAAGGAACUAAUUUACUGGAAAAGGUUGACGUGUCAUUGUGUCCAAAUUUGCGGACUUUGAUUCUUGGAGAUGCUAAACUAAAUGCCUUUCCUAAAAUUGGUCCUGCCUUGACAAUUUUGGACAUAUCAGGUAAUUGGAAUAUAGAUGAGAUACCUUGUGGUAUAGGUGCAUUGGUUAACUUGCAGCAUCUUAAUCUGUCAGCGACGAAUAUUGGAAGGUUGCCGCUGGAACUACGGAAUUUGACAAAGUUGAGAUGUUUUAUUAUUAACGAAAUGUAUCUUAUGAAAGGAAUCAUAGGAGGGGUGAUAGCAAGUUUUUCUUCAUUACGAGUGUUUGAAAUGCGAUAUCAUGAGCUUGCAAAUGAUUCUGAAUAUAUUUUGUUAGAAGAGUUGGAGUGCCUGAAGCACGUUGCUAUUACAGAGAUCACCAUAACAGCACACUCAUCGGCUCAAAAAUUUCUUAGCUCCCUAAAGUUACAGAGCUGCACAAGGCAUCUACAACUUAUAAAUUGUGAAGGUAUGACCUCCCUCAAAUUACAAUCAAGUAUGAGGCUCUACAAACUUGACAUAGGGUAUUGUGAGGAAUUAAAAGAGGUGGCAGUUGUGGUGCCAAAUUUUGGAGAGGACAAGGAAAAGGAUAAUUCAAGUAGUCAUUAUAUUAUGCGGAUGUGGGAUGGAAAUAAUUGCUUCCCCAACCUUCGUGCCGUAACCAUUUGGUCAUGUCCGCUACUGGUGGACUUGAAAUGGCUCAUUUUUAUUCCCAAACUUCAAGUUCUCUUCGUAGGAUUGUGCGAGUCAGUUGAAGAAAUUAUACGUGGUGGCGGUGAUGGAUCAGUGGCUGCUGACAGCGACAGGAACAGGGUAUUUUCAAGACUCACUAGUCUAAAGUUGUGGCAUUUACCCAGGCUGACGAGCAUCUAUGGAAAAUCCCUAUCCUUCCCUUCCUUGACGCAUAUUAUUGUUAGUGAGUGUCCAAAUUUAAAGAAUAUUCCAACACAAAAGAGCAGUAGCAGUGCUCUAGAGCAAAUUGAAGGAGAAGAAGAAUGGUGGGAUGCUUUGCAAUGGGAGGAUGAAGCCACCAAGGCCCAUUUCCAACCAUAUUUCCAAAGAGUUAGCACUAACCUUUUCCCAUAUUAAUGAAUCGUUUCAGUUUAUUAGA